ACUUACAGGGGAGGAGGAGGCGCUGAGGCAGAGAGAAAAUUGUACUGUGAGGACCUUGACAGCUUCACGGGCGGGCUUUUCCUUUUGCCUCCCUAUAUUUUCUGGAAUAUAUAUUUUUCUCUUUUACAAACUGACUAUAUAAAACCGCCCCUACUUGCCUUGCAGAAAGCAUUUGAUUUUCCAGAGAUACUCGGCAAGCCAUAAGGGUAUCCUCGGAGAGGCUAGGGACAGGGGCGCAGGUGCACAGAGAAGGCUGAGGGGUGCGCUUCUCCGUGACUUGGGGCUCUUUCUCUCUCUGAGCUCUCCAAGGCACUGAACUCUGAGCCGCAAGGACAGGAGCGUCAACACCUUUUCGGCUGAGGUUCGGCUACGGGUGCAUCCCAGUGAGGUGUAUCCAGCUGCCGCCGCCUCCCGAGCUUCGGAGUGCGCAGACCUCCCUCCCUCGAACAUCCCAAACCACACGGGCAUCCCUCCCCGCUGUCACCACGGGGUCCCGGAGCUGGGCUCGCGGAUUCUCAGCCCUCGGCGCCCCCCUGCUGCCUCAGCUCCCGGCCUGUCGGUUCCCCACGCCCAGGUCCUGAGGACCUGACGGCGGCGCAGCUUUGCCGUCCGCGCUCGCGUCGUCGCCUGGCAGGGCGCGCAGCCCGCCGCGCCUCGCGUCUGUCUCCCGGGGUGCAGAAGGAGCAUUCCGCCUCCCUCUCUGCCCUCGCGCUCCGCAGGCCGCCCCCACCUGCUGGCCGGUCUCCUCCUGCGUAAGCGGCGGUCCCUUUGCCUUCCUUGCGUAGUAAAGCAUGUCAGGCUCUGGGCGAAAAGACUUCGAUGUGAAGCACAUCCUGCGACUCCGCUGGAAACUCUUCAGCCACCCAUCGCCUUCUUCCGGUGGCCCGGCGGGGGGCGGCUGCCUGGAACCGGACGGCAGUGGCAGCUUCGAGCACUGGGGCCCCAGCCAGAGCCGCCUGCUCAAGAACCAAGAGAGAGGCAGCGUAAGCACUUUCUGGAAGAAGUCUUCCUCCUCUUCUUCUUCGUCGUCGUCAUCCUCCUCCUCUUCUUCCUCCUCCUCCUCUUCCUUCAACCCGCUGAAUGGCACCCUGCUGCCAGUGGCCACGAGGCUGCAGCCAGGGGCGCCUGGGCAAGGCCCCCAGCAGUCCGCCAGGACACUCUUCUACGUGGAGUCCCUAGAAGAAGAGGUGGUGCCAGGCAUGGACUUCUCUGGACAACAAGAAAAAGGGCUGGUCCUGCAAGAGCUCAAACUGGAAUCAGCCCACUCCAGCCAGGCAACAGGUGAAGGAUGUGGACACAGAUUGUCAGCAAACUGUCACUCUCUGACACCUCAAAGUGAUAUGGACUCCAGUAGCUCUGAAGAAUUCUAUCAGGCAGUUCACCAUGCAGAGCAAACUUUCAGAAAGAUGGAAAGUUACUUGAAGCAACAGCAACUCUGUGAUGUUAUCCUGAUUGUUGGGAACCGAAAGAUACCUGCACAUCGGCUGGUUCUGAGUUCAGUCUCCGACUACUUUGCGGCCAUGUUUACAAGUGAUGUAUGUGAAGCCAAGCAAGAAGAGAUCAAGAUGGAAGGCAUAGACCCCAAUGCCCUCUGGGACCUUGUCCAAUUUGCAUAUACAGGUUGUUUGGAAUUAAAGGAAGACACCAUUGAAAAUCUUCUUGCUGCAGCGUGCCUUCUUCAGCUUCCUCAAGUAGUAGAAGUGUGCUGUCACUUUCUCAUGAAGCUUUUGCAUCCAUCUAACUGUUUGGGAAUACGAGCAUUUGCAGAUGCUCAAGGAUGCAUUGAAUUAAUGAAGGUGGCCCACAGCUACACAAUGGAAAACAUAAUGGAAGUUAUCAGAAAUCAAGAGUUUUUACUCCUUCCAGCUGAGGAACUCCAUAAACUCCUAGCCAGUGAUGAUGUUAAUGUUCCUGAUGAAGAAACCAUCUUCCAUGCAUUAAUGAUGUGGGUCAAGUAUGACACACAGAGGAGAUGCAAUGAUCUAAGUAUGCUUCUUGCCUUUAUAAGACUGCCUCUGCUGCCACCACAGAUAUUGGCUGACCUAGAAAACCAUGCGCUAUUUAAGAAUGAUCUGGAAUGUCAAAAGCUGAUUCUGGAGGCAAUGAAAUACCAUCUAUUGCCAGAAAGAAGAACUUUAAUGCAAAGUCCAAGAACUAAACCUAGAAAAUCUACAGUUGGAACUCUGUAUGCUGUAGGAGGAAUGGAUAACAACAAAGGAGCUACAACCAUAGAGAAAUAUGACCUCAGAACAAAUUUGUGGAUCCAGGCAGGUAUGAUGAAUGGCAGGAGGCUGCAGUUUGGCGUGGCUGUUAUUGAUGACAAACUCUUUGUAAUUGGAGGUCGAGAUGGCUUAAAGACUUUGAACACGGUUGAAUGUUAUAAUCCAAAAACCAAGACUUGGACAGUCUUACCCCCAAUGUCAACACAUAGACAUGGUCUAGGUGUAACAGUACUUGAAGGCCCUAUUUAUGCUGUGGGAGGCCAUGACGGUUGGAGCUAUCUGAAUACAGUGGAGAGGUGGGAUCCUCAGAGUCAGCAAUGGACAUUUGUAGCCAGUAUGUCAAUUGCCCGAAGCACAGUUGGGGUAGCUGCGUUAAAUGGCAAGUUAUAUUCAGUUGGAGGUCGUGAUGGAAGUUCCUGUUUGAGUUCAAUGGAAUAUUAUGAUCCUCAUACAAACAAGUGGAACAUGUGUGCUCCAAUGUGUAAGAGGCGAGGAGGUGUUGGAGUGGCCACAUGUGAUGGUUUUCUUUAUGCAGUAGGAGGUCAUGAUGCUCCAGCUUCAAAUCACUGUUCCCGGCUACUAGAUUAUGUAGAGAGAUAUGAUCCCAAAACAGAUACAUGGACCAUGGUGGCUCCUUUGAGUAUGCCCAGAGAUGCUGUUGGGGUCUGUCUCCUUGGUGACAGAUUAUAUGCUGUUGGUGGCUAUGAUGGGCAGACAUACCUCAACACAAUGGAAUCCUAUGAUCCACAAACUAAUGAGUGGACACAGAUGGCUUCUUUGAAUAUUGGAAGAGCAGGCGCCUGCGUGGUAGUCAUCAAGCAACCUUGACUUACUUUUAUUUGGGGGGUUUUGUUUGUUGGAUUGGUUAUUUUUAUAUCAGAAGGCAAGAAUGAGAACUUCGUGAGAUGAAACCUCUUCAAGAACAAUGAUUUCAGUAGAUUCACCUACUGAUACUAAAGGCGGUAGAAAAUCAAAACUAUAGGAAACAAGAAAAUGUCAAAUCGUUAGAGGAACAAGGUCUGGCCAUUUGGUAGUUAGUUCAGGAAUGGUUAUUGGUAAUUUGUUGUGUAUUGUAGCAUACAAUAACUAGAGUUACCAAAGGCUUGUUUUUCUUGACCAGUUAAAAGGUGAGCCCGAUAUUGUGACAUGGAUAAUUUCCUGAUUACAACUCAUUCAGUCACUUUAUAAUCUGUGGCAAAAUCUACAAGGUUGCCAAAACUAGAAGACAUGCUAUUUCACCAGACAGAAUCUGACUGAGUCACUCUUUUCCUAAUCAGAGGUGGUCAUACAAAGAAGCAGAAUGCUGUUUUGUUAAAACAAAGAUGCUUCUUUCUGGUUUUCCUAAGCUACAAGGACAAUUAGAGAAACAGAUUCAUGCUUGUUUCUUGCAUUCAGAAAACCAAUUGUCCUGCUAAUCAAAGCUGCAUAUUUCACUCGAGACGACGGUUGAAUUUAUUGCAACCAUGUUAGCAAUCUGAAGCUGGCAAAUACAAAGGAUUGUUUUAGUUAGGCUUGCCACAUUGCUUUGCUUUAUAAAUACACUGAGCCAAAGAAUCAGUAUAAUAACGGGCUUUUGCCUUAUGUUGAGUUCAGUGUAAGCAUGGGAGCUAGUCAUUCUGAAUGAUAUAUAUAUCCAUUGCAUGUUGAAAUCCUUUAGAAUUUUGUUCUUAAAAAAAAAAAAAACCUUAGAAUUUUAAGAGACAGAAAAAAAUAUGAUCCAUUAAGUUGAGAUAUUUAUGAUCAUUGUUAGAAAGAAGGCAUUCCCUGCUUUUCAAAGUUGUUACAUUGAUAAUGCACAUUAUUUUAAGCCAAAUGUUUGUAAUUGUUUAAAGCAUAAAAUGAAAACAUUAAAAAAUGUCUUUAAUAGAUCCAUGUGAAUUUUAAAUACAAUUAAUAAAUGAUAGAAAAUUUG